AUGGAGUCCAAGAAGAUUGAAAUCAUCGCAGGAGGGAUGUUGCACGAGCUGCUCCGUCGUGAGUUGCCGAACGACCGCAAUAUGCUGUCGGCGAGUGCGUUGGUGUCGCCGGCUCACCAUCGUCUGAUAGUACAGGCACACGAAGCCUACCUUAAGGCUGGAGCGACCAUGAUCGUAACCAACAACUACUACGUGACACCGGGCGUGGGGUUCACAUCCGACGAAAUCCGCGAGUACUCGCAGACAGCAGGUGAGCUGGCCGUUGGCGCUCUAGCGAGAACCAACCGACAGGACGCCAAGAUCUGCGGGUCACUGCCGCCGCUCAUGCACAGUCUUCGAUCGGAUCGUACCAUCGAGCGUCAAAAGGGACUCGAUAUGUAUUUGCUGAUCGGAGAGGCUCUGUUUCCAUCGGUUGACGUGUUUCUGGCCGAGACCAUGUCGUCUCUUGCUGAAGCCAAAAUGGCGUUUGAAGGCGUGCAGCCACUGCAGAAGCCCGUGAUGGUGUCAUUCGCACUCAAUAGUACCGGACAGCUGCGCAGUGGUGAGGACGUGAUCGAGAGUGUGAAAAGCUUAAUCAAGUUCUGCACACGUAGCAUGGAGAUGUUGCCGGGCGAAGCGGAAGGCAAAACGGACCUUCUACAGGGCAUCCUGUUCAACUGCUCGCAGCCAGAGGAUAUCGCCAAGGCACUGUCGCAGUUGAAGGGAAACCAAGCAGUGAUGGAGGCUCUGCAGCAGCACAAUAUCCGCAUUGGUGGCUAUGGAGACCGCAUCUCGCCGAUGUCGAAGGCUGGCAUCAUGGAGGAGUCGCUCGUGCCUGGUGCACUGCAGUCCGUCAUGGACAUGGAAGUCUACAGCAAAUUCACUACGCGCUGGAUCGAGGACGGCGCCAGUAUCGUUGGUGGAUGCUGUGGCAUCUCACCGGAGUAUCUGCAGCGCAUUGCGGAGGUAUUGUCGGAGUAA